ACAACUCCCCUCCGAACAUCCAAGAUGCCAGCACCGAGCGUUCGUCCGCUAUCCCAACUGACCCCGUUUGAGCAGACUGUGCACAGCUACUCUACGGGUCCUCCUACAUUGGAUAAGAACGACGAGGCCUGGGACUUCUUCCCGCACGAAUGCAACCUUCGGUUCGAGUCCGCCACGGAGGGUCCCCCGGCUCGCGUCUCGUAUCUCCUGAAAGUCAUCCCAAAGCAAUGCAAUUACCUCCAGAACCUGCAUGGCGGCUGUGCGGCCACCAUGGUUGAUAUCCUUUCUUCGACGUUACUCAUGGCACUAUCCAAACCGGGCUUGUACUCUUAUGGUGGUGUGAGUCGGAACUUAAAGACUACGUAUAUCCGGCCAGUGCCGGUGGGGAUGGAGAUCCGGCUGGUGUGUGAGCUGGUGCAUAUGGGGAAGCGGAUGGCGCUGCUACGGGCCGAGAUUCAGAAGUUGGAUGGGAGUGUUUGUGUCGUGGCUGAACAUGAUAAGGCGAAUACGGAUCCCGCCGACACCAAGAUCUGAGUUGGCCUUGGCGCAUAAUGAUAGAAAGCAAGUUCUACACUGC